CGAACCCGACGCUAAAAUGCCCUACCCGCGGAUAUCAAGCCUUCUCCUGCUCUUGGCCGCCGCCCUGUGCACCACUUCGGUGCUGGGCGCCGGCCCAUGCACGACCAACGUGACUGCCAAGGCCGGCGACUCGUGUGGCACCCUGGCGGACCAGUACGGGAUCGACAUUGACCAGUUCAAGGCGCUCAACCCGGACCUGGUCAGCUGCGUCCUCACGGCGGGGAACAAAUACUGCGUCAGCGACAAGGCCGGCGGCGCGCCCGCGCCGGCCUCCCCCACGGCGACCGCCACCGCCACCGUGGCGCCGCCCAAGAGCAGCAGCAGCUCGGCGGCGGCCCCGCCGCCGCCCAAGAGCAGCAGCACGGCGGCCCCGCCACCACCGCCCAAGAGCAGCAGCAGCGCCAGCGCGCCGCCGGCGGCGGCGUCGACACUGGUGCCGAGCCCCGACGGCAGCGAGGGCGUCUGCGGCGGCAAGUACACGUGCCUGGGCUCCGUGUACGGCGAAUGCUGCUCGGCCAACGGCUUCUGCGGCAGCACGACCGAAUACUGCGGCGAUGGGUGCAACCCGGCGUUCGGGACCUGCGGCGGCGGCGAGCCGGCCUGCGAGGCUGCCGAGACCGAGACCGUCACCCUCCUCACCGUCUCCACCGCCACCGUCACCGCCGUCAAGACCGCCCCCGCCGCUUCCGCCCGGACCGUCACCGUCACCGUGACCGGCGCCGCCAGGACCGUCACCGCUCCGGCCAGGACCGUCACCGCCCCGGCACGGACCGUGACCGUUACGGCCGCCGCGGCCAAUGCCCCGUCGACUGCUGCGCCGGCGAGGCCGAGGCCGACUAUCUACGGCACCAAUAGCAGAUGCCAAACCUAUUACCAGUUCAAGGCAACAGACACGUGUCUGCGGGUCGUCCUCCGAUAUGGCAUCUCACUUGACACGUUGUACGAGUGGAACCCGAAUCUUGACUGUGACGACCCGGAAUCCGAGGCUGGAUACUAUAUCUGUGUCGACGCGUAG